AUGGUGGAAAAUGCACUGGAGCUCCCUAAAUGCAUCGUGCUGCUGCCGUACCAGGAUGUCAGCACCUUCUUCAUCUGCCCCAUGGGCUUCUUGCCUGAUCUUUUUGGCAAAAAGUGGAUCUACGAAUAUCCUCUUGACUGCCAUGGAAAGGAGCUGCCUUUCCUGCGCAAUCCUGAUAUCCUGGUGGGAGAGAAUGACUUGACAGCCCUGAGCUACUUGCACGAGCCCGCGGUCCUCCACAACCUCAAAGUGAGAUUCCUGGAGUCCAACCAGAUCUACACAUACUGUGGUAUUGUGCUUGUUGCCAUCAAUCCCUACGAGCAGCUGCCAAUCUACGAACAAGAUGUCAUCUAUGCGUACAGUGGCCAAAACAUGGGGGACAUGGACCCUCACAUCUUCGCUGUGGCCGAAGAAGCCUACAAGCAGAUGGCCAGGGAUGAGAAGAACCAGUCCAUCAUCGUGAGCGGCGAGUCGGGCGCUGGCAAGACGGUCUCCGCCAAGUACGCCAUGCGCUUCUUCGCCACCGUCGGGGGCUCGGCCAGCGAGACCAACAUCGAAGCCAAAGUCCUCGCCUCGAGCCCCAUCAUGGAGGCAAUUGGAAACGCUAAAACAACAAGGAAUGACAACAGCAGCCGCUUUGGGAAAUACAUUCAGAUUGGCUUUGAUAAAAGAUACCAUAUCAUUGGCGCAAACAUGAGGACCUAUCUCUUGGAAAAAUCAAGAGUUGUGUCCCAGGUGAGGAGAU